AUGGGCCGUUGGAGCCUGUCAAAGCGUCGCAAGUUUCGUUUUGACGAGCUACGAUUUGAGGUUCAAUUCGAGGCACCGGUCAUCUUCGUCUGCCCCCCGAGUAACAGCCGCGGCCCCGUCGCCAAUAAGCCGAUUUGGUACAUCGACGGCACCGAGCAAAGCCUCAAGCUCACUCGCAUCGAACUCGACUCCCAGGACGCUGGCAAGGCAAAGCAACUGACGGCCGGGCAGCGGCAGAGACAGGAGAAGGACAGCAUACACACAGCCGACAAUGACCGCGCUACGUGGGUCACGAUGCUCACGGAGCUACAGCGGAUGGAGGAUGAUUCACGAGUGUGGCAGAAUGAGCAGUACAAGAGGAAGCCAGAACACCCGCAGGUUGAGUUCAGGAACCACACUCUGGCAGUGGCAGUUCAGAGCAAGCCUCGAAGCUGGGACACCAUGCCCUCGAACGUGAAGAAGCCAUAUGCCACGACAACAAUGUGCCAUAUGAUUGAGAUGGCGGCCAUAUUGGGAUUGCAUUGGAAAGAGUUUGACCGGUCAAGAGACAAAUACAGGGCAGAGGGAAAUGGCUGCGUACUGACGGGCACUCAUGUUUCCGAUUUGGGCAUCAUGUUUACUUUUCAGAUUGCAGGGAAGAGAAAGUUCACGGACAAUCGGCUGAUCCCCGUCGACGAGGCCAAAGAACUUUGCUUCGGAUAUGUUCCCACCAUCUUUCGGAGCUCUAGUGAUCCUCGGCGACUUGACCCGUUCGAAGAGCCCAAGGAUAUCGAAGUUAUGCAGUUCAGCAGCAGGGCCGAGAUUGCUGAAACUGUCACUUUGCUUGGAUGCAACAAGAACACGUCAAAUUAUUUCCUGAACGAUGGCAAGAAACAUAGCCAUCUCUUUCCAAUCGCCUUCGAAAUAAUCGGCAUGUUGGGAAAAUCGCUCCACAUCAAGAACAGUUGUUUCCGCAUGCUACCUAAUCCUACCAUAUAUCACUGGGACAAGAAAUUCUUCUCCCUGCGCAAGCUCUUGCAUGAAUUCCGGAAGAACGUGGGCAACAGCGAUCUCACAUUACCAACGGAUCGAGUUGCAGCAAUUGAGGUUUUAGCUGAAAGGGUUGAGGAUUCAUGCAAAGUAGCAGGCGGUCAUGAAUAUCCACUAGCCUUGACUGAUGCUCUUCAUGACUCUAUUGACAAGUGCGACGAGUUUCUACGCGGAGAUUCUCGGUCGACUGUCUUGCUCGUUAUACGGCACCACCUACAAGAAGUCCUGGCUAUGCUGAACGAGGAGAAAGUAGCGGAUGCCGAUGGCGAUGGCUCAGACGACGAUGUCGAGCCACCGAAAUUUGAGGACCUAAAUGCUGCCAGUCCUGAAGAAAGACAGAAGAAGUUCAUGGAAAUCUACUUUGUUCUGGUUUUGGACCGCGUCAAAACGAAGGUCCAGCGGGCAACUCUGAGGAAGAGUAGGACUACGGCGGGGACGGACUAUAGCAAUGCAACGCUCUAUGUGCCGUAUUCAGGAACACUGCGACCCGAGACACCUAUAUCUGGAUCUGUGACUCCUUCGCCGUCUCCAUCACCUGAACCGCUUGGGCGAGAUGAGAAGGUGGAUGUCAACGGCACCCCCAACCCUGAUGCUAGCAUCAUACGCUCGACGCUGCUACGAAAGCAUGACAGCGGGUUCAUGGAGGGACGAGCUAGCGACAUUUGGUGUACUCUGCAAUUCCGUAUGCUAUGCUGGCUGUUGCUGCACGACUUCCACAAGAGAGAUGUGCAGAAUGUGAACAAGAGCGAAUUGCUAGGCAGUCGGCUGCCGGUUUAUAUUGCCUGA